GAAGAUAUCGACAAAUACGCUAAACGCUUCGACGAUAUCGUAAAUCGGAGGCUACCGGUGCCGCCCGGGCUUACCGUUCAGAAGGAAUACCAGAGAGUAAAGGACGAACAAAACGCGCAGACUAUUUAUAAAAUUCAGGACCUAUUUGUCGAUGAUGUCCUAUUCGAGUAUUGCAAACACCCUAAUGUCUUGGACUAUGUCGAGGCCUUCAUUGGACCCAACCUAAUGGCCAUUCACAAUAUGCUGAUAAACAAACCGUCCGAUUCGGGGUCCAAGUUAAUCAGCGAAGAAAUGGUCCCGCGGGAGUGGGACUACAGUGUAUGGAAUGAGGCACGGGAGUGGGAAUCCCGUACAGCAACUUCGGGAGUGAGGUCCCGCAUUGACUCCCGCAUUAGCAAAAGCAUGUUAAAGGCCCUGUACGAGGUAUGUUCGGGAGUGGAGGGAGUGAUUCGGGAGUCCAGCCAAACCUUAUGUGCGGGAUCCAAGUCCUCCCGGCACCCAUUACACCAGGAUAUCAGUUACUUCCCACUCAGACCUAUGGACGGCAUAGUGUGCGCGUGGACUGCAAUGGAAACUGUAAACCGAGCCAAUGGGUGCCUGGUAUGCAUACCGGGUACACAUAAAGGUGCCCACCUCGAGCACUGGUACCCUGAAUGGGACGGUGGUGUCAACAAAGGGUACUACGGUGUAAAAGAUAUGCCAGCGACUGGGUAUGAGCGUCGGGUGCACUUGGAAAUGGAGGCCGGGGAUUGCAUAUUCUUUCAUCCGUUGCUAAUUCACGGGUCGGGCACUAAUAGGACACAAGGCUUUCGCAAAGCAAUAUCGUGUGACUACGCGAGCUCCGACUGUCAGUACAUCGACGUGAAGGGAACGUUGCACGAGAAAAUGGCCGAUGAGAUAAUGGAGCAUGUUAAUAAGAGCAUCAUAUUUAACCAAGAGUACGGCAAACAGAUCACAAAUUAUUCCUUAUUAUUCAAAACACGCGCACAGCUCGUGAGGGGAAUGCGAAUCAACGUGUGA